CUUUCUUUUUUUCUGUUUUUCAAACAUUACAAAAGACAACAGCAACAACGACCCAAGUCCUAGCUCUCGUCAACAUGGGCUGCCCAAGAUAGAGCUGUGUCGAGAAUGGCCGGUCCGCGUCUCGGACACGUCAAACUCUAGAGCGAGAAAUCUUUCCGAGCUUCCCAUACCCCUCCUCCGAGGGCUUCAAUUUGUAGAGGACAAAAACAGACCAAAAGACAACCCACGCCCGAGACAGAUUUUCCAACGCCGCAAUGUCCGAUGGCUCCCGCUCGGCGCUUUCGAAGUCGACCUUCCACUUCGCCGCCGGCCUCGGCUCCGGCGUCCUCUCGGCCGUCCUCCUCCAGCCCAUCGACCUCCUGAAAACCCGGGUCCAGCAGUCCGGCGCGCACUCCCUCUCCGCCGCAAUAGCCGACAUCCGCGCCGCCCCGCGCCUGCUGCCCGCCCUCUGGCGCGGCGCCGUGCCAUCCGCCCUCCGCACCGGCUUCGGCUCGGCAAUAUACUUCACCUCGCUCAACGCGAUCCGCCAGACCGUCGCCCGACUCUCCUCCCCCCCCUCUUCUCCUACAACGACGACGACGACGACGAACUACAGGGGCUCGUCGUCGUCGUCGUCAUCAUCGUCAUCCCUCCCCAAGCUCUCCAACACGUCCAACCUCCUGGCCGGCGCCGUCGCCCGCUGCUUUGCGGGCCUCAUCCUCAUGCCCCUCACCGUCCUCAAGGUCCGCUACGAGAGCACCCUGUACAGCUACACGUCGCUGGCCUCGGCGGCGCGCGACAUCGCCGCCAAGGAGGGCCCGCGCGGCUUCUUCGCCGGCUACGGCGCCACCGCCGUCCGCGACGCCCCCUACGCGGGGCUGUACGUCCUGUUUUACGAGCAGAGCAAGAAGCGCCUGAGCUCCCUCUUCCCUCCUCGCGACCGCGACGACGAUGCACGGGGCCGGGAGGCACCGCUCGGGGGGGUCGGGAUCCAAGGCCGAGACGGCCCAAGGCAGGAGGAGGAGGAGACGACGGGGGCGGGGGCGGGGGCGCGGGCUCGUCCCGCAGGGAUGGGGGUGUCGCGGGCGGCGGCGAUCAACUUCGCGUCGGGCGUGCUGUCGGCCGUGGUGUGCAGCGUCGUCUCCAACCCGUUCGACGCCGUCAAGACGAGGAUCCAGCUGCAGCCCGGCCGGUACCGCAACAUGGCCCAGGGCGCCAGGCGCAUGGUCGCCGAGGACGGCCUCCGCGCGCUCUGGGACGGCCUCGCCCUGCGCAUGAGCCGCAAGGCCCUCAGCUCCGCCCUCGCCUGGACCGUCUACGAGGAGCUGAUUCGCCGGGCCGAGCGCGGUUGGGCCGCCGGGGCGAGCGAUACCCUAUGAUGUGUGGGUGGGGUGGGUCAUGGCGUGGAUCUUUUUUGAGCUGGCUCGGAAGGAUGUGUGUGUAUAUCCAUCCCGAGAUUUAGGUUGGAAGGUGUGGUGGCGUGGGGGGUGACGUCUGGCGUUCUUGUUCUCUGUUCGGUUUUACAAGUGUAGUAGUAUAUUGUACUGUAGGAUACCUGUUCCACUACCCCAACCCAACCGAUCUCGACCAGCUCUACGGAAUGAGAAGAAAACAGGCGGCCUUAUCCAAAUUGAGGGAUACGGCCUGA